AUGUCCGGCGGAUACGAAAGCUCGAGCCUGGCGCAGGAUGACGUGGUGAGGCUGCUCGCGACCUACACGCACAUCGGCACCACGAACGUCGACCACCAAAUGGAGCAGUACAUCUACGCACGACGCGCUGAUGGCACCCACAUCAUCAACUUGAAGCAAACCUGGGAGAAGCUGCUGCUGGCCGCCCGUGCCAUCGCAGCCGUCGAGAACCCAGCUGAUGUGAUCGUCGUCUCGGCCCGUCAAUUCGCCCACCGAGCCCUGAUGAAGUAUGCUGCGCACACAGGAGCCACCCCGGUCUUCGGCCGUUUCGCCCCGGGCGCGCUCACCAAUCAAAUCCAGAAGAACUUCAAGGAGCCGCGCAUUAUCAUCAUCUCCGACCCGCGAAUUGACCAUCAGGUCGUCACGGAAGCUUCGUACGCCAACGUGCCGAUAAUCGCGUUCACCAACUCGGAUUCGCCGUUGAAGUUGAUCGACAUCGCCAUUCCGUGCAAUAACAAGGCUGUUGGUCUGAUGUGGUGGCUGCUCGCUCGCGAGGUGCUCAUCCUACGUGGCAAGGUGUCUCGUGAUGGACCGUUCCUGAUCGAGAACACCGAGAUCAUGCCGGAUCUCUACUUCUUCCGCGACCCAGCCGAGAUCGAGAAGGAGCAAGCCGCCGAAGAAUUCGAGGCCGGCCAACAAGAAGCCAUCGCCACCGAGGUUCCACUCGACUUCACCGCUGCCCCGGAUAUCAAGGACUGGGCGGCCGAGGCCAACGCCGACAACUGGAAUGGCCAGCCGGCCGGUCAAGAAUGGGGACAAGCCCCCGCGGUCAACCAAUGG